AUAUUGUGAACGUAAGGACGCUGCACGCAAUGGCAACGUAUGGACGUAACUAGGGUUAGCGUUCUGGUUUGCUAUGUUUUGGCUACAUUGAUGGCUGUUUCCUUUAAAGUCUGGAAAGUGGUAGUUACCUGUUAAAAUGACCACACCGUCACCUGCAGCUGCGCCCACGCCUCCAGUGCCACAGCCGCGGACCCCUCCAACCCCAGUUCAGCCUCCUAGCCAACCGCCGGAGGACUAUACAUUCCUGCCGUUGGUACACGAUAUUAUCAAAUGUAUGGAUAAAGACAGUCCUGAUGUCCACGAGAAGUUGAAUGAACUAAAAAACAAGUUUCAGGAAAUGAAAAAGUUGGUGAACUCCAUGCCUGGCAUUGACAUGAACCCAGUACAGCAGCAGCAACAACUGCAAAAUCUGAAGGAGCAAGUACAAAUCAAAAAUGAACUGUUACAGAAAUACAAAAGCCUGUGUAUGUUUGACAUCCCAAAACCUUAGAUGUAAAAUGAACAGAAGUACUGAAGAAAAAGCAGGAAGUAAAUGACUUCUGCAACAUAGCAUGUGGACUUGGUAGGUGUACUGCAGCUGCACCUACUGACUUCAAGGGCCAUGGACUGAUGGAAUUUUAGUUUUCAAGUGUCUUGGCUUCCAUGUAGAUAGGUCAUUUGAUGAACCUGAUAUAAAGAUCCCUAUUUUAUACAAGUAGACAUUAUUUGUUUUCUUGCAACAGCUGACCAACGAAGGUCUCAAAGUAAAGCAAGAAUAUUUUUGUACUGCAGUGUUUUGAAAGCAAGACAAUAUGUCCAAAACUACGUUGGUGUUUUACACUUGUAGUACACUUGGGUGUGCAAGCUAUCAACUAAAGUAAAUUAUGCAUAUUUGUGUACACUAAGAAGUGAUAAGUUUGACCAGCUACUUCAUCUACUGACUUUUUUUUUGUUUACUUCUCUGUAAUUGUUUAUGUGGGAGUGGCUUUAUUUUUUUUUUUUUACUUUGAUUUCCAUACAGAUAUAUAAAGUUGUUAUUCAGUGAUAUUAAAUUGUAUCAUUUAAUAUAAACAUUUAAAUGCUUUAUGUUAACAAAUUUAGAACAGGUUAUAGUAAUAGUUUUGUAUUUCUUGCUUGCUUUUCUCACCGUUUCAGGAUGUUUUUAUCCCACAGCAGAGUGGUGUGAAACAUUAAAACACAAUCUGUUAAGGCUGA